AUGUUCGUGAAGAGGACGACAGCCAUGCUGGCAGCGGUGAUUGCCGUGGCCAAUGCCAGGUUUGGCCAGGAGCAAGUUCCAAUACCAGCCAUCGCUGCUGUCCAAGGCGGUUCUCCUGGCGUGGCGCAAACCAUUGCCGGCGCCGCUGUCAGCGAUUUGCUGGCUGCGACUAAUGCCUGUGACAAGCUCAAGCGCGGUGACCAAAUCAUUGCCGAGCUUGGAACCGGGGCAGAUGCGGUUGCUGCUGCCAUCGGCAUUGUGGCUGCCGAGAAGAACUUCAAUCCCUUCGUCCAGUCAAUUCCCACCAUUUGCAGCGACCCGACUUUGCCGACCACGGACAUCCUUCGUGGUAUCACCCCGCUGAUCGACCCAGCUGUCGUUGGUUCCGACAUUGCCAACGCCUUGUCUGCUCAGACGGUGAAGACACCUUUGGACGCCACCGGCAAGAGCGUUGCGGAUCUGCUAGCCGAAAACGGCUUCACGAACUUCACAAGUCAGGACGCGUCUGGCAAUGCGGGGGCAGCACCAGCUGGCAGCGGAGCUUCAGGUGCGGCUUCAACCAGUGUUGCCGCUGGGAGCGCAACUACUAGUGCUGUUAUUGAUUGCGGUAGCGCAACCUCGUCAGCUCUCACCACCGCUGUCGCUGUCAUCGACACUACGACUUCUUCGGUUGCCGCGGCCACGACAACGAGCGCUGAUUCUGCUGGCAAUGGAGCCAGUAUUCUCACCGAGACUGUCACAGUUACGGUUAGUGAUUGUGGUGCUGCAACCUCGGCAGCUUUAGCCUCGACUACUACCGCUGCCGCUGCCGCUGCCACGUCAACAAGUGCUACCUCGACUGGCAACGCCACGGACACUUCAACCGUCGCCGGAGCGGACUUUGGUCUGUGUGUGCCGACCAUGAAGUUCGAAGGUGGAUUAGGGGGCCGACCUCCCACCGAGUUCACCUUCCUACCCAUAGACCCACUCUGCGCUCAAGGGCAACAAGAGGCCCUCAAUCCAAACAUCAUUACCAACCGAAUCUGCGACCAAUUGACCAACGUGUGUGAGGCCAACGACGCAGCAAAAUCCCUUUGCCGAGAUGCUCAGUCUCAGAUCCAGGCCCUGGGCACCCGGGACAAGACUACCGCCGACACCUGGAACAGCCUGCUGGGGUUCGCAGGGGCAGUCACCAACCCGGACGGAGGCCCAGAUUCACCCCCGGCUGCCAAGAGGAGAAUGGCCCGAUCGUAUAGAGCCUGA